UUAGCAUGUGAUUAUCGCCGAGCAGAGGCUGCAGAGUAUAGCAGGUGCUGAACAUGGCGAGUCAGCCCGGAGCCGCUCUCCGCUUCUUUAUCCUGAUCAGCGGGCUCCGAGCCGGAUUACUUCAGCAAGGGAGAAGUUCCAGUCUGCAUGGGUCCUCAGAAAACUUUGCCUUACCUGAUCCUUUCUAUGAGCAACUUCAAAGCUCUGCAGAGCGCCAGAACCUGGAAACGGAGAAUGUGACCGUGGUGGAAGGAGAAGUUGCAACAAUCAGCUGCCGGGUCAAAAACAAUGAUGACUCCGUAAUCCAGCUGCUUAAUCCCAACAGACAGACCAUCUACUUCAGAGAUUUCAGGCCUCUGAAAGACGCACGGUUCCAGCUGGUGAACUUCUCGAGUAACGAGCUGAGGGUGUCGCUCACGAACGUGUCGAUCAACGAUGAGGGGAGAUACUUCUGCCAGCUCUACACCGACCCCCCACAAGAGGCCUACACCACUAUUACAGUUCUUAUUCCACCAAACAACCUGGUCAUUGAUGUGCAGAAGGACACGUAUGUGGAAGGGGAGGAAGUGGAGAUGAACUGCACAGCCAUGGCCAGCAAACCAGCUGCAGUAAUACGCUGGUUCAAGGGAAAUCAUGAGAUCGAAGGUAGUAAAACAGAAGUGGAGGCCGUGGACAACAAGAUGUUCAGAGUACGCAGUCAGAUAUCCAUCACCGUUCUCCGAGAAGAUGACGAAGUUCCCUUUGUGUGUAUGGUUGACCAUCCAGCUGUGAAGGAUCUGGAGACCCGACAGUACAUUGAAGUGCAAUAUAAACCAGUGGUGAUGGUGUCCGUGAAUUAUCCCCAGGGUCUGACAAGAGAAGGAGAAGCUCUGGAAUUGGUCUGCAGAGUCGUUGGUAAACCCAGGCCAGAAAAGGUUUUUUGGCAGCGAGUAGACUAUGACCUUCCAGACAACAUCAUCAUUGAAGAAGACAAACUUUACAUCAGCAGCCUAAACAAAACCGAUAAUGGCACAUACCGGUGCGAGGCAUCCAACAUUGUGGGCAGCUCUUCAGCUGAUUAUACACUCUUUGUGUACGAUCCCCCCACUACCCCCCCACUUCCCACAACAACCACCACCACUACCACCACAACUACCACACCCUCCACCAUCCCAGACGCAAGUGCAACGACAGAGCCUGCAGUUCACGAUACACGAGCAGGUGAAGAGAGCCCCCUUGGUGUAGACCAUGCAGUAAUUGGGGGUGUGGUUGCUGUGGUUGUCUUUGCAAUGCUUUGCCUUCUCAUCAUACUGGGUCGUUACUUUGCUCGACAUAAAGGAACAUAUUUCACCCAUGAAGCCAAAGGUGCAGACGACGCAGCAGACGCAGACACUGCAAUCAUCAAUGCGGAGGGUGGUCAGAACAACUGUGAAGAGAAGAAGGAAUAUUUUAUCUAGUCUGGCCUUGUUAAUGGGUGUGGGCUCAGCUCAUACUCACCGCCCUAAGGGAGAAGGACCUUCCAGCGUCUUGCAUCUUCUUUUUUUUUUUUUUUCAAAUCAUUUGAUUUUGGAGUGGAUGGAGGAGCGGGGUACCCAUCUGGUAUAAAGUAAUUGCCCCACAACACUCUGCUUUUGUUUGCCACUUUCCUUUGAUGGGAAUAACAGGAGCUUGAAAUGUUUGUUUUUAUUUUGUUGAGGGGUGGGGGGUUGCUAGUAAAACAUGGAUUCUAGACUCCUCAGUGUUGGAGGGUACUGUAUCUCGAGCUUAUUAAGCCAGUGUUUGUCAAAGUGUCACCCAGACUCCUCCUUCACUGAAGAGGCAUAGUUAUCAUCUGCAGACAAUUUGGUGCCUUGCUUGUUUUUUAUUUCACUUCCCGAGAAGUUCUUGUUUUCCCAACUGUUUUUGUGUCAUUUCCUCUUUGGCCCUAAUUUUCUGUCUUGUGCCACUUCUGAGGUUGCUUUUUAUUUGUCCGUUUCAUUUCACUUCCUGUUGGGGCUGCUUUCUACAUGUCAUCUGCUUCUCAUGUUAACUUUAUUGCCUUUUGGUAUUUUUUUUUCAUCUCCUUUCUAAUGUUUUGUACAAUUUUCCCUGGUCUUACUUGCGCCGCUUCUCACUCAUAAGGUUUCCUAUUGGUGUAGAAGUCAUUGUAUCAGUCCAGUACCACCUACUUUUGCAUAUAUUAUAUGUGUCCUCAUGUCACAUUCAACAGGGACUGUCCACUCUGUAGCUUCUUGCUUAUUUUAGCUGCUGUUCUAGUAGUAUUUCUCAUAUCUCUAAAGUCUGGGGGCAUGCUUUAAUUCCUGUUCAUCUUGUGUCAUGCCUAUUUGUACGUUUCACUCUGCUAUGGCCACAUCUUCAUAUAUGUAUCCUGGUGGUUUUCUUUUGUGUGUCCCCCUUCUGGUUGUCGGGCUUGUGAUACAGAGGAGAUAUCCUGCUCUUCUCUGGGAAGUGAAUCUUUUAUCACAUGGUAAACAAUGUAGAGGUUUGGAAAAGAGAGACUUUUGGAGCCAAAUAGGUUUCAGGGGUGUGGAAGCUCCUACCAAUCUCCCCCACCCCACCAAAAAUCAGACAGUUGGUGGAAAUACAAGCGGAUGUGCCUUUCUAUUCACAAGUGAACAAGCUGAAGAGGGGGGGAGAAAAUGGAAAAACUUUAUUCUGCUCUGAUUAAUUCCAUUUAAAUCCAUAAUUUCAACUCAUUUCCAGACCUUUAAUUUUCUUUCCUGUGUCUACAACCUUUUGACUUCCCUGUUCUCUUCCUGGUCCCUUUCAACCACCUCCCCACAAUGUUACUCAUGAUUACAUGUUUAUUUUUCGCAACCCUUUUUAUUUGUUAUUUUGUCCUUUAAAUCUUUCUCUCUCUCAGUGCUGUGUCUUUGUACAAGGCUGUGAUGCAUUAUCCACUAAAAACCAAUUACAGUACAAGGUGGACCAUUGCACCCGCAUACCAUGUGUUUUGAUAUUAUUGGUACUAAAGGUGCAGUUCCGCUGACUGUAAAGCAAAGGCAUUCAAUCCUUUUUACUCUACUAAGAGCAGUGUGUGUUAUAUAAUCUGUACUAUUAUUGUGUUGUCUGGAGGGUUCAGUCAAAAGUUGUUAAAGUGUAAAACAAUGAGAAAUGUCAUUGCUGCUAUAGAAGGUGUUAGCAGGGUAAGUGCGUUGCAUUAUUGUCACUCCCACUGUAUAUUGCUGAGUAGAGCUGCACCUAUAUUCUGUCUUAAAAAUAUGAAAUGUAGGGGUAAUUUUGAGAUGGCUGCCAAGCUGAUUCUAUGUUUUCCGCUGUGUACAUGCCAAGAAAGAGAGCAGAACAAAAUGUUUUAUGGUUGAGGUCCCCCUAUCCCGUGAUAGAGCUGUGCAGGUAGUUUUUGUUCUAACCUGCUAGUGUGUGUGUGCAUGAGAGAGUGUGUGUUUUAUCACAGGAGCCAUUUUCAUGCCUUCAUUUCCAAAGCAGAAUUUUGGACUAAAAAGAAAGUGUUCCUGGUCUACCUGUGUCCUGUCCAGAUCUACACUUACAACUAUUUUUUUCAAUAAAGAUAACCCUUUCUGAAUACUCAGAAUUUCUGAACUGUUGGCAAGUAUACCAUGUCUUCAGCUCGUCAAUAGUCUCCAGUGCUGUAUAAAAUGCACAAGGGCUCACAGCAAAGCAUGUUUUGUUUUUUCUGCUAAUUGCGUUCAACACUGAAAAAAAUCAGCAUUGGGUAGAAGCCCUAUGAGAACAUUCAUGCAAAGAGUUUAAAGUGGUUGUAAACCUCAGGCAUAAAAUAUGAACAAGCAUAUCCUUCUACACUGUGUAUUUGCCUAUGUCCAAAGCACUGAGUGUGAUUUCUCUCAUUCCUCUGCUAUGAGCACGAUUAACUUCUGACAUCUUUUUCCGACACAAGAUAAAAAUAUAAUUGGGGAAGAGAUCUUCAGCACACAGCCUGUGAAUGAUAUCCUUAUAUCUGCAUGUUCUCUGUGUACUGAGUGGAGAAGGGAAUGUCUUUAUCCUCCAAUCAGGGCUCACACAUCCCCUCAAUGAGCUCUGCAGAGUGUAACUUUAUCUCUCCGCCCCUUGCUUUUCAGAGCUGAAAAAUCCUGUGUAAAUUCUGUACUUUGAACGGGUAUAGAGGAGAUAUGGUUGCCAUAUAACCAGUACAACGUAUGUAGGUCUCUGUGUAUCACUUGAGGCCAGUCACUUCACUUGGUAUAUGUAAGGGUUUUCAACCACUUUAAUAACCUAUAGGCCUCCAUUAGUGACAUCAGGAGUUUCACACGCUUACGUGUAGGGCCUUGUUUCUGUUUCCUGUUUUGGCUUGUUUUCAAUACUAACCUAAAGGGAAGCAUUAAAGAACAUCUCAACCAAAAACAAAAAUGUAAUGUAUUGCAGCUUAUCAGUCUUUAGAUGUGUUGGCUGUAUUCAAUUUAAUUUUCCAGGCUACAAAAAAUGUCUGCAACAUCAGAAAAUAACUAUGAUUCUUGCCAGAAAUGCAGUAUCCUUGUCACUUCCUGCAAAUGUAAAAGAAAGCACAAAGAAC